AUGGCCACUGCGGUAGAGACCCCUAAUUAUAAGCAGUCUGCGGCUCUCCUCGGUGUACCACGGAGAGCCGUGGUGAACCGCCUGUUUGAUUUCCUACUCUCCUUUAAACAAAUUCUGCCAAGGUUAAGUGGUGAGGCGAUGACCUUGCCUGGCAAAGGUGUAGUUAAUAUCUACAGGCUGUUAACUAAAGGCUCUGUUGAAGAGGAUAUUAUAGAGAGGGCCAAGAGGAAAAUGGUUUUAGAUCACUUAGUUAUUCAAAGAAUGGACACCACUGGUAGAACGGUGUUGUCCAAGUCUUCUAAUCCAUCAAGUGCUUCAACACCAUUCAAUAAAGAGGAACUUGCUGCCAUUUUGAAAUUUGGUGCUGAAGAUUUAUUUAAAGAAGCUGAUGGCGAGGAGCAAGAAUUACAGGAGAUGGACAUAGAUGCAAUACUUGAAAGAGCCGAAACAAGAGAAACAGAAACAACAGGAGGAAAUAUGGGAGAUGAGCUAUUGUCUCAAUUCAAGGUGGCUAACUUCACGAGCGUGGAAGAUGAACCGAUUCCUGAUGAAGAAAGUAGUAAGAACUGGGAUGAUAUCAUCCCGGAAGAUGCUCGAACAAAAGUGGAAGAGGAAGCCAAACAGAAGGAACAGUUAGAUCUUUAUUUACCACCACGUGUUAGGAAAAGUGUCCAAAUGAUGACAUAUCAGGGUAGUGAUACUGAAGAUGUGAGAGGUAGUAAACGGAAACGGCGGCAGAGAUCAUCAAGUAGUGACAGUGACUCUGAUGAAGACAAAAAAGUGAAAAGAGCCAGGGGUCGACCCAGAACAGUUCCAAGAGACACAUUCAAAGGAUUUACGGAUGGAGAAGUCAGAAGGUUUGUACGGACUUACAAGAAAUUUGCCCAUCCAAUCACCAGGUUGGAAGCUAUCGCUGGUGACGCAGAACUUCAAGAGAAAUCUCAGGCUGAUCUCAAGAGACUGUGUGAGGCUGUCCAUAAUGGUUGUAUUGAAGCUUUGGAGGAGUACAAGACAAUGAUGGCGGAGAAUCCAAAUUUUGAUGGAAAAAAACGAGGACCAACACUAAAGAUCUCCAGUGUUACAAUUAAUGCCCAAUCAGUAUUAAGGCAUGAAGAGGAACUAGAACCAUUGGCGAUUAUAAUUCCUGCUGAUCCAAAGGAAAGAAAGCAUUAUCGCCUUGCAUCGCGUACUAAAGCCGCUCAUUGGGAUGUGGAUUGGGAGAAUGAAGAGGAUUCCAAACUGCUCAGGGGUAUAUAUGAAUAUGGUCUUGGAAGUUGGGAAGCGAUUAAAAUGGAUCCAGAAUUCAAUCUUCACGAUAAGAUCUUACUGCCGGAUCCCGAGAAGAAACCACAAGCUAAACAACUGCAGACUAGGGCUGAAUACUUGGUUAAAGUGCUCCGGAAAGAGGCACAGGCAAAGAAGGAUGGGCGAGAGGUAUGGGAUGGU